CAUCGCAUCGCCCUCGAGCGCCUUCAACACACUCUUCUCCCCUCACCCCCACCCCACCCACCUACAACAACAUGUCCGGCCGCGGAAAGGGAGGCAAGGGUCUCGGCAAAGGCGGCGCCAAGCGUCACCGCAAGAUCUUGCGCGACAACAUCCAGGGCAUCACCAAGCCCGCCAUCCGCCGUCUCGCUCGUCGUGGCGGUGUGAAGCGCAUCUCGGGCCUCAUCUACGACGAGACGCGCGGCGUGCUCAAGCUCUUCCUCGAGGGCGUCAUCCGCGACUCGGUCACGUACACGGAGCACGCCAAGCGCAAGACCGUCACGUCGCUCGACGUCGUCUACGCGCUCAAGCGCCAGGGCCGCACCCUGUACGGCUUCAGCUCGUAGAGCAGCCUGCACCAGCCCCCCUCGCACUUCGCACUUCUGGUCCUCUCGCCUCGUUCCU